AUGGAUCUAACUGGCAACAAAGUUACUGCAUCAGGGGAUUCGGAUGCCCCAGUGCCGGCGGUUGGUGGGGGGCGUACCCACCAGGUGUCGACAUCAAUCGAAUACGCGUCAAAUGCAGGAGUGUUGAGGCAGGCUCCUGCAGCCAACCACGGGGUUGGUACUGCGACUGCAGGAAGUGGUGGUGACCAAGCCACUUCCGCCGGUUCUCAUCCCGAUAAAAUUAAUAUAAAACAAGUGCGACCGAAUAAUGUACUAAAAAAAUAUUGGGAUAAACGGUACAGUCUCUUCAAUAAAUAUGAUCGAGGCAUACAAUUGGACGCCGAAAGUUUCUAUUCGGUCUGUCCGGAAAUAUUAAGUUAUCACAUCGCCCAACGUUGCAAGGGCAAAGUAGCAAUGGACCCAUUUUGUGGAGCUGGUGGGAACAUAAUUCAAUUAGCCAGGUUCUACACCAAAGUCAUAGCGAUCGACAAAGAUCCUGAAAAAAUUAAAAUGGCCAUACAUAACUCAAAAAUUUACGGCGUGGAGAAACAUAUUAUAUUUAUUGUGGGAGAUUUUUUUAAAUUGGCUAAUCGAUUUAAAGCGGAUGUUAUUGUCACAUCGCCCCCUUGGGGCGGACCUAAUUAUUCUAAAAAAAAAAACUACACCCUAAGGAACAUGUGUCAAGAUCAGGGGCAUGAUGGUUUCGACAUUUUUGAAUUAGCUCGAAAAAUUGCCCCAAAUAUUGUACUCCAUUUGCCAAAAAAUAUAUAUCUUGGAGAAUGCCAGUCUUUAGCCAACAGCUUUAAUGAUAAACUACAAAUUGAAAAAAAUUUCAUGAAUAAUAAACUGGAUUCGAUUUCGGCAUUUUUUGGAGAUUUUUAUUGAUACAACGCCAGUUAUAUUUUUUUUAAUUUUAUUCAUUUUAUAUUUAAGCAAUAGU